AUGGCAGAAAGAUAUCGUGGUAUUGUGAUCUACGGACUGUUUCUAGGGGCAGUAUGGGCAAGUAGAUUUGUCCUGGCAGAAAGAUGUCGCAGUGUGAUCUACGGACUGUUCUUAAAAUUAAUCAGGGCAGAAAGAUGUUGUGAUUUACGGACUGUUAUUAGGGACAGUGGGGCAGGUAUAUUAAUUAAUCAGGGUAGAAGAUGGACAGUUCUUAGACA